AUGUCGAAGGAAUUCCUCUUGAGCAACUUUGUGGCUGAAACACUAGCUCAGGAACUUGGUCCUACUUUUGCGCAGCAAAUAUCAUCCUUGUUGCCCUUUGGUCGUGAUACGGAUGAUCAUUUGUUCAGGUUGUGGUUUUUCGCUACUAUGGUUCAUGGGGGUGUCUCCUGUUACGACGAUGAGGAUGAAAUAUUUUAUCCAUGGGAAGCCCAACAGAUUCUGCACUUUGACCCGGACGCUAAGCUCACGCUAGAAAUGACAUCACAAUGGUUGGCCCCAAAAAGCGGAUGAAAGGAGGUUAUGAUGCAGUU